AUGCCCGUCACACAGUUCGCCACCAAGGAAAAGUACCGCUACCAAAACGGCUUCGGAUGUCACUUUGAAUCCGAAGCCGUCGAGGGCGCGCUCCCCAUCGGCCAUAACAACCCCCAGAAGCCUCCGUACGGCCUCUACGCCGAGAAGCUGUCCGGCACGGCGUUCACGGCCCCGCGGCACCUGAACAAGCAGACGUGGCUGUACCGCAUCCUGCCGUCGUGCGCGCACCCGCCGUACGCACCCGCCGAGUCCGCGACGGCCCACGAGGGCGCGCGGAAGCUGCACUACAUCCCGAACCAGCUGCGCUGGGACCCCUUCGACCACAAUGAGGCGCACGACCUCGACUUCGUGUCGGGCCUGCGCCUCGUCGCCGGCGCGGGCGACCCCACCCUCAAGUCCGGCCUGGGCAUGUACGUCUUCACGGCCGGCAAGAGCAUGGACGAGCACGCGGCCUUUUACUCAGCCGACGGCGACCUGCUCAUCGUCGCGCAGGAGGGCGACCUCGACAUCCGCACCGAGAUGGGCUGGCUGCUCGUGCGGCCGAUGGAGAUCGCCGUGAUCCCGCGCGGCGUCAAGUACCAGGUGCGGCUGCCGUCCGGCGCGGCCCGCGGCUACGCGCUGGAGCUCUACGAGGGCCACUUCCACCUGCCGGAGCUCGGCCCGAUCGGCUCCAACGGCCUGGCCAACGCGCGCGACUUCCAGGCGCCCGUGGCCAGCUUCGACGAGGACGCGGGCGCGACCGCCUCCGAGGGCGGCGGCAAGUACACGGUCACGGUCAAGUUUGACAACACGCUGUUCGCGACGACGCAGGCGCACACGCCGUUCGACGUGGUCGGCUGGCAGGGCAACUACUACCCGUACAAGUACGACCUCGGCCGCUUCGCCACCAUUGGCACCAUCUCGUUCGACCACCCGGACCCGUCCAUCUUCACGGUGCUGUCGGCGCCGAGCGCGACGCCGGGCACGGCCGUCGCCGACUUCGUCAUCUUCCCGCCGCGCUGGCUGGUGGGCGAGGACACGUUCCGGCCGCCGUGGUACCACCGCAACACCAUGGCCGAGUUCAUGGGGCUCAUCUGCGGCGGGUACGACGCCAAGAAGGGCGGCGCGGGCGGGUUCGUGCCGGGCGGCGCGAGCCUGCACAACGUGAUGAGCGGCCACGGGCCGGACGCGGAGAGCCACGAGGGCGCGCGCGAGGCGGAGCUCAAGCCGGUCAAGGUCGGCGCGGGCAGCUGCGCGUUCAUGUUCGAGACGUGCCUGAUGGUCGGCGUCACGGAGUGGGGGCUGCGCACGUGCAAGAAGGUCCAGGAGGGUUACAGCGAAGAGAGCUGGGGCGGCGUGCUGACGCACUGGAAGCGUCCGGAGGACAAGCCGAUCCGCAGCCACCUUCUGGAGUAA